UUGCCCGCCAAGGAUGAAGCUUCGCUUCGGAGUAUGCCUCGCCGUGGCCAUUGCCGCCCAUGCCAACGCUCACGAGGGGAUGGCAUCUGUCGUGUCGAUGGUCACCAAGGAGACAACCGCUACGUCCCCCGCUCUCCUCUUGGCUUCAAAUUAUCUGCCUGACGCUGCAGAGGCAGGUGGACAGGCAUACCAGGUUGAUGAAGCGACCAAGAACGCUGAGAAGGCUACUGAGAAGGCUGAGAAGGCUGCUGAGAAGGCUGAGAAGGCUGCAAAGAAGUAUGACAAGGCCAAGACGGCUGCAGACGACGCCAAAAAGGUCGCAGACGACGCCAAGACGGCUGCAGACGACGCCAAGAAGGUCGCUGACAACGCCAAGAAGGUCGCAGACGACGCCAAGACGGCUGCAGACGACGCCAAGAAGGUCGCAGACGACGCCAAGAAGGUCGCAGACGACGCCAAGGCGGCUGCAGACGACGCCAAGAAGGCUCAAGUGGUGGCCAAGAAGGCUCAGGAGGAGGCCAAAGAGGCUCUAGAGGAGACCAAGAAGGCUCAAGAGGCCAAGGAGGGCAAAGUGAACGAUGACCAGGCCGGAUACAAGCCACCCGGCAGCUACGACCCGACGUACCCCGAUGAGUCGAUCGACGUGUACGAUGAUGUCGAUGCGAGCGAAGACAAACCGUACGUGCCUCCAAGCCAUGGCAAAUACGACGAAGAGUCUCGUUAUCGACCGGCGCACGUCGAGCACAACCAUUACCAAGAGGACUCGAUCGACUCGGUGACGAUUGCCGACGAAGACGGGUGCCCCGAGGUUCCGUGCCACGAGAUUUCGGACUUUCUUAACGGCAAGUGCACGUACACGCAGCUGCCGCGCGGUACGCUCUGCCCGAGCCAGAGUUGCGACAACGGCGGCGAGUGCGAUGCCGACGAGAAGGACUACUGCGACGGCGAAGGCAAGUGCCUCAACGGCUACAAGGACCAAAACUCGGUCUGUCGCGGAGCUCGCAACCUCUGCGACGAGGCCGAGUACUGCAGUGGUGACCACAGCAAGUGUCCCGGCGACGAGUUUGCGCCGACGACCAAAGUCUGCACCAAGAUGGGCAAGUCCACGGGCGGCCCGUGCGACGCACCCGACUAUUGCGACGGCAAUGGACACUGCGUGGACAAGUACCAGCCCACCAAGCACGUUUGCCGCCGCGCUGUCGACGUCUGUGACGUGGCAGAAACAUGCACCGGCGUCAGCGGCGACUGCCCCAGCAACAGCUUUGCGUCCAAGAGAACCAUUUGUACGUCGAUUGGCUCGUCGUCGGGCGGCGCGUGCGACGACAUUGAUCGCUGCAACGGUCACGGCAAGUGCGUUGACCACUUCAAAGGCACGAGCCAUCUCUGCCGCCGGCAAGUCGACGUUUGCGACGAGCCCGAGUAUUGCCCGGGCGAAUGCGGCGUCUGCCCCGACGACGCCCUCGCGCCCGUGGGCAAGGUCUGCACGCAGAUUGGCAAGUCGAGUGGUGGCGCUUGCGACGGCGUCGAUGUUUGCGACGGACGCGGAAGCUGCGUCGAAACCUUCCUCGGCAGCGACGUUGUCUGCCGCGAAGCGUGUGAUAUUUGCGACGUGCCGGAAUUCUGCACGGGCUACAACGGAAAAUGCCCCCGCGACAAGUUUGCACCGCGAACGACCGAAUGCACGCCGAUCGGGGAGUCGUCCGACCACGCGUGCGACGGCGUCGACUACUGCGACGGCAGCGGCAAGUGCGUCGACAAAUUCGAGAAGGACACGCUGUGCCACGUGGCCGAGGACCUCUGCGACUCGAGCCACUUUUGCAACGGCGCCAGCGCGGAUUGCCCCCGCAACAAUGAGGAAGCGCACUACGGCGACGACUACGCCUCCGUCUUUGCGUACAAGGCGCGCCAGUGCUCGGCCAAGGCGGCGCACAAGUUUGUCUCGGUCUACGACGCACCCGGGAACGCGGCGCUGCUCUUGGUCGCUGUGGCCAUGGUUGGCGCUCUUGCAGCCAUCGUCGCCGUCUCCGCGUCCAAGAAGGAAGCGCCGUCGGCCAUCUCCAUGGAGGACGGCUACGUGCCGCUGACGCAAGAUAUGCACUGAGCAUCGCCCUCCCGUCGCCGUGUCUAUGAGUUGCUGUCAGAAGUUGUGGGUCCAAAUAUACAGUUCAUCUUUCUCUCUA